AUGGGCCUGGUUUCUUCGGCAUCAUCUCAUCUCAUCUCGCCCUCUCCCCUUCCUACUCUCCUCUUCUCUCCUCUCACCUUCCUUCUCCUCUUCUACCCUAGCUCCAAGACGAUUCUGCCAUGGGUCUGGCUGUGUUCAUACCCUGGUCUGCCCUUUCGCACGCAAACCUUCCCUGAGCCUCUCGACGCUUUCAACUGCUCUCCGUCCCUGUCCCGGACCUCGAAUCCAGCCUUGCCUGUACCAGUCUCCGUUUGCCGGCCCGACCGUCCUUCUCUACAUACCGCACUCGUUGGUACCGGCCUGAUGUCCACCCUACAAAUUCCCGAGGGGGGCUUGUCUCUGCUAAGAGACGGCCCCGGAGACGAUACCGGAGCCAAACCUGCUCAGAUAAUGCGUUUGAAUCUCGCCCAGAGUACCCUUGACGAGCUGAUCGAGAGUCUCCGUGCCGACCAACCAGCCCGAAUCCGCCUCGGAAAGCACCAAACCCUCUACUACGGCUCAAACAAGUCACAACAUUUCCAUUCCACGCCCGAGUCCCACCAGUCUGAGAUAUACACAAAAGACACCACAGGGAAUGGGACGUUAUACUUCACUGGUGUUCUAAGUCACAGCUUAGAGGUCCAAAAAGCCCAAGAGGCAACCGCGGCUACCGACCAAGCUCUGGCCAACCUCGAGCAAAGCUUGAGUGCUUUUGAAAGAGGGAAAGAAUCUAAGAAGACCCAUAUGAUCACCGAUAUUUCUGAAGUGAAAGCUCUGCGCGCGGGUGACAGCCGAUCAAGCAAGCUCCUUGCCCGUAUGCCCUCAAGUAAGGUGGAGCUGGAGAAGGAUAGAUUGCUGAAGACCAAGUCAAACGCCAACCGCUCAGUAUCUUCAAGCCCUGCUCUAGGCGUUGCCCGGUCACCUGUCUCGAUCCCUCCUCUCACUCCCACCUCAGCUCCACUGUCUCAGAACAAAGACCGCCUCCGCCUCGAAGCUCUCAAGAUCCCUUUCAUUCACCUCUUAGCGAUUCGUGCUGUCUCAACUAAGUUUCUCGCCCGCCAGACCCGCUCCUCCAUCGAAGAUUGUGCAACCUUGGCUCAAAAGUACGGAAUUGAGAACCGAAUCGACCCGGAGAAAUUCGAUCUUCGAGAUAAAGUCUACAGGGAAUUGGACGUGUGGAAAUUUCCUUACCCGUCUCAGGAAGACAGGCAGGAAGCGAUAGAAAAUGCUAUCUCAGCCUUUGAUCGCAUGAGGAUUUCCCGCUCCGAUAAACUAUGGCAGAGCUUACUCCCUAAGGAAGAGCGUGGGAAAGGCAAGUGUCUGUCGCGGCUGGACUUGCGGACAGGCCCUAUAAAGAAAGCUUUGACUCCUAGGAUACAAAUUUCCGACGAGACUGGCAAGGAGGGAGAGACAACAAUUCAGGAGGCCGACAAAUCUGCUGCACGCGGUUCGGGCUCAAGCAAGACUGGCGAGUCUAGCGCCGCUUCAAAGUCUGGUAUAAAUACGCAGAAGAAUGCUAAAAGGCAGCCUACAAAGGGCAAAACGACAGCCAAUAGCACAUUGACUGGUCGUGUCACCAAAAAGUCAGACAAAAAACCGCCGUCGAAAGUGGAGAGCAAAUUCAAGUCUGCGGAAUAUGUACACGACUCAGACGAAGACGACACUGAGCUACCAGACGUUUCUUCGUCAGAGAAAUCUCAACCCCAGCGGACACAGCCGAAACCGAAGCCCAAGCCGCUUAUAAAAUCCACUGAAUCGAAAGCUUCCCGAGAACCUUCCCAUGUACCAACUCCCAGAGUUGAUCAGAGUGACGCUCCGGCACCCAAACCAGACCUUCCUUCUCACAACAAACCUACCGCAACCAAAAGACCUCCGUCAUCUUUACCGCCAAGCCAGAAGUCCAUCAACAAAACAUCCCCCCCUGCACCAUCACCUCCCGCUAAAUCCUCUGAUCCACAAAGCCGGAGCCGAUCAUCCAGCCAAAAUAAUACUUCAAGCUCAUCAUCUUCGCCGCUGAUAAGUCAGAUGUCAAGACCGCGUAUAACAGCAGAACGACCUGUCACAAAACUGUCAGCUAAACCAAAUGGAGUGGCGAGGACACCCGAGUCGACAAACUCUUUGAAGCGCAAGGCUGACUUAGAGCGGCCCUCAAUCCACAGUGCUAGCCGCCUGCAUAGUGAUCUGGAUCACAAACGGCGGCGGGCAGUGAGCGCUUCGAGCGGCAGCACCGGGAGCGCAUCGCCCCCACUCAGUCGCGAGUUGCUUCUGCGACAAUUGCGGGAAAAGUCACAAAAGUUUAAACAAUUUUAUGCCAAGUAUCGUGCACUGCACGACGCAAUGGCAGCCCACCCUGACCCGCCGCGGGCAGAACUAGAGAAGCUACAGAAACAGCAUGUUCGCCUCCAACGGAUGAAGAAGGAAAUUUGGGAUGAAGAUAGGCGACUCCGCGACGGACUUUAA